AUGGGUGACUCUCCGAAAAGGGAAUCUAGCCCACCACGUCCUGAAGCCGAGUCCACUUCAGGUGCGGCGGAUUCGGCUUCUCCUCUUGGUCGUGUCGCGGAGCAAUCCACUUCCGGCCCGGCUACAUCGCCUCAAGCAUCUUCCCCUCAUGCCGCCGAAGAUGUUCCCCAUGCAUCUGAAGCUGAUGAUGUUGCUCUCGAGGCGGACGCAGGGAAUACGCCCGACGAUCCUGCGGAGAUGGAUGAGCGCAUCUCCAACUACACUGCUUCGCUGGCCUCAAGUGUCGUCGAUUACCCCAUCGAAUAUGGACGCCGCUACCACGCAUUCCGGCCUGGAGUCUACGCGUUCCCGAAUGACGAGGCUGAAAUGGACCGUCUCGACAUGUCUCAUGCGGUGAAAGUAAGAUCAAUCGGCAACAAGCUCUUUCUUGCGCCUCUCGAGAAGGAGAAAGUUCACAAAAUUCUUGACAUUGGAACGGGAACUGGGAUUUGGUCAAUUGAGAUGGGCGAUGUCUUUGAGAACGCAGAGAUUAUCGGGAUUGAUCUGAGCCCCAUCCAACCGAAAUGGGUUCCUCCGAAUGUGAAGUUCGAGGUCGACGAUGUCGAGAGUCCCUGGGUUGUGAGUCGCAAGUACGACUACAUCAUGUGCAGACACAUGGUCGCUUCAAUCCUGGACUGGCCGAAGCUUGCAAAUUCCCAGAGACCUGCAUACAAGGCCAGCCCUGACACAUCAAUGUCCAGCAACUUGGAACCAGGCGGUUGGGCUGAAUUCCAAGAAUUGUCCGUGAAGUAUCACACCCAAGACGGCACAUUCACCGAGGACCACGCAACAUACAAGUGGAACAGGACCCUGAUCGAAGCCUGUAAGAUGAUUGGCCGUGACGCCUGCCCAGGACCGAAAGUCGAGGGCUGGGUGCGAGAUCAAGGAUUCCGCAACGUACACCACCAAAAGUUUAUGCUCCCGGUUGGCCCCUGGCCGAAGGAUCCGCACUAUAGAGACAUUGGCAUGCUCAAUCUGGCCCAGACGCUGGAAGGCCUGGAAGGCUUCUCCUUGAAGCUCUUCUGCGGUGUCCUUGGACGAACGAAAGAGGAGGUGUUUGUUGAGCUUUCGCAGGUGCGAAAAGAGCUGAAGACGGGCGCGUUCCAUGCCAUGUUUGACUUGCACGUUGUCUACGGACAGAAGCCCUUCGAGACGGAGGCAGAGGAAUGA